UCAAUCCGUUGUGAGUUGGACUGCUCAUACUCUUUCCUUUUCUUUUCCUUUUAAAUUUAAGCUGUCCAUUUUCAAUCAUACCUCAAUUUCGUAGCUUGUUUUCUUGCCUUGGCUUAUUUUUACGUUAUAUGUGCAGGAUCAAGGAACGAGCGCUGAACUUCCCGAUGUAACACACUGAAGAGAGUGAAGCAGACAGAGCAGAGCCACCUUGUCUUCAAGAUGCAGCAGUCAGCGACUAAAAAGAAAGCAGAUUUGAAAGUGAUCAUUCUUGGUGAUACUAGUGUUGGAAAAACCUCAUUGAUCCAAAGAUAUCUUAAUGGAGUCUUUACAGGAGAUACUAUCAGUACUAUUGGAGCAUCUUUCUUUCUAAAGCAGUGGGGACCAUACAAUGUUGCCAUCUGGGACACGGCAGGUGAAGAGAGAUACUCAGGCCUGUCUUCAUUUUACUGUCGGGGCGCUUCAGCAGCUAUUCUAGCUUAUGACAUUUCACAGGGCAAAUCUCUUCGCGCGCUAAGGGAGCGCUAUCUACAACUGCUGGACGCAUCCGAACCAAACUGUCUUGUGGUGGUAGUAGGCACAAAAAAAGAUAUUAUAACGAGCAGUUCUCGGGAAAUUCCAUCCUCCGCUGGCGAAAUAUUAGCUUUGGAACUAAAUGAAAAGAAGGGAAGACCUACCGGUAGUUUUAACGAGAAACCAUUCUUUGAAACGAGUGCAAAAUCUGGUGAAAACGUUCAGAAAGUUUUUGAUUUUAUAUUGAACACCUGUUUGCCUUUGGACGAUGAAGAAACUGCAAAGAGGUCAUUGCGACAAACGAUGGGCAUUGAUCUUGAAAAUAAGUCACAGACGCAAAACGAAAGUACGAAGAAAUGCUGCUGAGAAUAUCCAAAGCCACAAUCCUAACCUAGGUUUCGAACGAUUGGAAAUGUUAUUCAGGGAAUGGAAAAUAAUUACCGCGAUGAACUCUGCGUCUUAUACCACGAUCAACUGGUAACUUUUUGAUUGCAAGCAAUUUUUCUUAAAAUUUCUUUUCUUUUGAUUGAAUGAAAAGAGUCUACGGCAACUGGGACAUCGGUUGUUGCAGAAAAGAUCCUCUACGAAGUAGCCCUAUUUUGCAUCUGAUUUUAUCUAGAGACGGUUCUACUUGGCAUAAGAUGGUGGUUGGUGUGGGCCUUUGCAGGCAGGCAGUAUGAUAGAGAGGGGCCUGUGUUUCCUAUCAAAAAGCGACGGCUCUUUCAGGUUAUACGUUAAAGUUUGUAACCUCUGCCCCCUUCACAAUAGCGAAACAUGUUUGGUUCAACAGAGUUUAACCAAGGAUAUAUGUAAACAGUUUACAUUCUCUUGGUUUAACAGAAUGAGAAUUCGCAAUAGAAAAUG